AUGCCGAAGAAGAGAGGCUGGGGCCGAGCAGGCCAGCGGCCUUGCAGCGCCAACAUUUAUGGCGCGCUUGCAGCUGGCGGCGACGAGUACGAGCGUUUAUGCUCUCCACAAGACGAUUAUCCGGACCCUGAUGUCGCCCCUCUGGCCAGGCCUUCACGUAUCAACGGCGACAUUUGGAAAUAUUAUCAGAACGCGUCACAAUAUACGCCGGUCAACGCUGGCUCCUGGGUCAACAAACCAGAGAUCCCGACGCCAUCUGAGAUUUUGCCUGGAUCCUGUUCCCCUGGCUUUACCGUCGGCGAACAAAUCAUCAACCUCAACGAGGAGCUCCGUCCGAACAAAGUGGAGGGCAACUACGAGUCAAAGGAGGAAUACCUUGGCACACAAUACGACCUACUCCGCGAGGACGCUAUCCGCCCAUUGCGGCAAGCAGUCGAAGAGGUUAGAAAGGAUCCCUGGCGAGAUGAAUCAGAUUAUCCUCCGUCCAGUGGGAUCGGAAUCUACGAGCCCGUAUACUUGAAAGCGGUGCAAUUUUCUUUCCGUGGGCUUUCUGCCAAGGUCGCCUUCUCCUUGAGUCGCGUUAAGAAGCUCAUUCGGUGGAGUCAAUCCAAACGUCUCAUUACAGGCACACUUGUUGCGCUUUCGCCGGCAGACGAUGCCUUCCAGGAUCCUUCAAAGUGCCUUCUUGCGAUCGUCGGUGCGAGGCCUCUGACUGCUGUCGAGUCAAACAACCCUCCCGAGAUAGACUUGUUCUUCGUUGAACCAGAGCAAUAUGACUGGGACCCUGCACGUAAAUGGAUCAUGGUCGAGUCGCGAUCAUCGUUCUUCGAAGCGAGUCGUCAUACGCUCCUUGCUCUGCAGCACAUGAUGCGGGAGCCAUUCCCCUUGUCAGAGCAUCUCGUAAACGCCCAGAAAGAAGUCGAGCCGCCAGAGUAUGUCCGACUUAGCCCCCAUACAGAUUUGAGCCCACUGGUCAGCUUAGACGAAGCCGAUCGAUUCCAAGACGUGAAUAUUCUUCAGGAAUGGCCAUCCGGCGAUAACUUGACUUUGGACAGCUCCCAGUCUAAGGCACUUAAUCGGAUCAUGACUAAGAAGCUGGCAAUUGUACAGGGUCCCCCGGGUACUGGUAAAACAUACGUUUCCGUUGUUGCGCUCCAAACAAUGCUGCAGAACAUGCGCGGAGAAGAUCCCCCAAUUAUUGUUACCUGCCAGACAAAUCAUGCGUUAGAUCAACUUCUACGACAUAUCGCUGAAUUUGAGCCAAACUUCAUUCGUUUGGGCGGUCAAACGAAGGACCAGGAUAAGAUCAAGAAGAGAACUCUGUACAAAGUUCGAUCAACCUUCGUGCAACCCAAAAUUCCCGGCAGCCGCAAGAAUCGCGCGACUAGUGCGUUGAGGCAACUGGCAGCAAAAAUGCAACUUCUCCUCGUUCCUUUCGAAAAGGCCCCAGAUAAAGGCCCGCUCGACCACCGUCUUCUCGUCAAGCUCGGUUUGCUUACUGAGAAGCAGGCUACAUCUUUGGAAGUUGAUACAGAGUCUGUCAUGGGGAUCCCUCAGACCACUCCAAGUAUCCAGAUGGAGCAAUGGCUUGGAAGGUGUCUUGAACGGUGCGAUCACCCGUACCAACCCGAUGACUUCGGAAUGCCCUACGAAGAAGAGGAUUUUGAAGCAGAGCAGAUCAAAGAGAUCGAGGCCGAGGCGGUCGCCCGCGAUGACGAUGAAGAUAUAGAAGCCCUCAGAGGCCCUAUCUCAGCUAUAUGUGAUAAUUUCCGGGGUCUGAAGGGUGGAUCGCUAAGAACUAUUGCUGACGUUCAAAAGAGGCUGGACAAGACAGACGACCUGACCACAGUCCCUCUGCCAGACCGCGGUGCUAUAUACAACUAUCUGCUACGCAAAGCGAAGCAGAUCGUACUGCGAGAAUUUCGUGGCCUUGCUAAGCAAUACUCGGAGCAAGUACACUUGAAAAAGAUCGGACAAUGGGAGGAAGACCAAGGCAUCCUGUUGAAUCAACGUGUCAUCGGGAUGACUACCACGGCGCUGAGCAAGUACCGUGCUCUCAUCUCAAGCUUGAGACCAAGGGUGGUCCUAAUCGAAGAAGCCGCAGAAACUCUUGAAGCUCCUGUAACGGCGGCCUGUUUUCCAACACUAGAGCACCUGGUCCUAGUUGGAGACCACCGACAGUUGCGUCCUCACUGUAAUGUGCAUGAUUUGGAGGCAUAUAACAUGAAUGUGUCGCUCUUCGAGCGCCUAGUCAGCAACAACAUUGAACAUGAUACACUGAGACGCCAGCGUCGCAUGAUUCCCGAGAUACGCCGUCUACUGCAACCGAUCUACGGCGACAAAUUGAAGGACUUUCCAAGUGUGCUGAGCGAAAACAAUCGACCCGCCGUCGAAGGUAUGGGUGGCGUGAACUCGUUCUUUUUCACUCAUGAUUGGCCUGAAUCUCGGGACAACAACCACUCAGCCAAGAAUGAGCAUGAAGCUGCGAUGAUUGUCGAAUUCUUCGAUUAUCUUGUCUUGAACAGGAUUGACCCAGAGAAGAUCACCGUGCUGACUUUCUACAAUGGCCAGCGAAAGCUCCUUCUAUCGAAACUUAGGCGCCACCAGAACCUCUGUGGCCAAUCGCUGAAGGUCGUCACCGUGGAUUCUUACCAAGGCGAGGAGAAUGACAUCGUUUUACUUUCCCUUGUUCGAAGUCCGAAAGACGGCAACAUUGGCUUCUUAUCAGUCGACAACAGGGUCUGCGUUGCCCUUUCACGAGCUCGGAGAGGCUUCUACCUGUUUGGCAACGCGGAGAAGCUAGUGUGCGGCAGCGAAACCUGGGAAGCUGUUGUAAAGAUCCUGUGGGCACACGGUACGAAGAAGGACAUUCCAACAUCGGGUCCACCAAGGCGCAUAGGAUAUCAUCUCCCGCUCACCUGUCAGAGACACGGCAACAAGAUCUUCAUCGAACAGCCCGACGACUGGGAGCACUUGAGCGGAGGAUGUGGCGAGAGCUGUCGCUGCCUGUUACCCUGCGGGCACAGGUGCAUGCUGACCUGCCAUCCGUUUGACAGCACCCGCAUCGUCUGCAGACAGCAGUGCAAGAAGCCCUGCACCACGUGUGGUCAAGCAUGCAGCCAGGGCUGCCCCGACCCCUGCAAAUGCACUUAUUGCGACCGUCGUAUGGGCGGUAGGAAGGCCUUGAUCAAGCCGCUCCAGAAGACGGUCCAGCAAGCACUACCAAGCCCCCCGUUCCAUACUCAUUCCACUGCGCUUCCGGCAAUCCCUGUGGUUCCCACAGCAGUAUCUUAUUCAGGUCCAGCCCUCACAGUGGCAACGCCAAAUAUGGUGGUAGACACCGUCUCAGAUUCCGGCAGUACGCCCAAACAGUGGCAGGCCUACGCCAACGGUGGUGUGAAAGCUGACGACGCGCAGGCCCGAGAGAAGGGUCGCAAGGAAACAGCUAAGUUUAAGGAACUUAUUUCGAACGGCUCGACGGCGUCCAGCCCGCCUCCGCUAGGGAAGCUAAUACAAAUCUCGCCCAAGAAGGUCUCGGGAACCUCCGCAAACACGUCGCUGCUGAUAGACUUAUUUGAUAACGACGCGCCUGCGCCUGCGUCUGCGUCUGCGCCGGCAUCAUCGACACCGUGCAAAGCUGGCGAUAGACGCGUAUCGUAUAGGGAGCGGUUCUCGUAUGUGGGAGAUAUCACAAGUCCUAUUGAUCGGAAGGAGAAUGAGAAGAGUGGGGAGAAGGCAGGCGAGCAGCGUGCGGCUGCGCCCGUGUUCAACCUGCUCGACUAA